UUGCUUUUUGAACAGUGUGAUUUUGGUUUUGCCAAAUAUAUCGGUAUUGGCAACAAGACUUGGACUUUUUGUGGUACACCGGAAUAUGUUGCACCCGAAGUGAUUUUAAACAAGGGUCAUGACUUUGCUGCUGAUUACUGGGCCCUGGGAAUACUCACUUGUGAACUCUUGACUGGCAUGUAUUUUUUUCUUCUCGCUUCUCUGCGUUUUUCCUUUAGCCCACCAUUUCAGGCUUCUGAACCAAUCAAGAUCUAUAUGAAAACUCUUAAGGGUGUUGACUCUCUGAAUCUUGGACAGAAUAAGUUUAUAAGUGCGAAAGCUCAUCAUUUUGUUCGCAAACUCUGCCGGCAGAACCCCUCAGAAAGAUUGGGUGUUGGGAAAAACGGGAUUCAGGAGAUUCGCCAUCACAAGUAA